AUGACAAAAGAGCAUCAGGAAAAUCUGGACAAUGCAAAUAAAACGGUCUCUGAUUCGAAUGCUAUAUGCAGAGAGGCGACUAAAAAGGUCAGAAAACUCAUCUAUGAAGCUCAAACCUUUAUGAAAAGCUUACAAACUUUUGCUGAGUCAAGUACCUCUAAGGCGAAUGAGGCGAUCGUGGCUCUUCACACCUCACUACAAAAAGAAAAAGAAGUGCUUGUGCAGGUUCGCACUGAUCUGCAAAAGGAUUACAUUGAGUUUCUGACAUCAAUCUCUUCAGAAAUUGAUAAGCUUCAUGAAGAUAUGGAACUUGAAAGAAGAAUCAUGUACGAACUUUCUACCAAAAUAACAAAAGUCCAAGUUCAAGCUGCCAAACUCGCCCAAGCAAACAAAGAGAUUAAAGAGAUUCAUUUUGAACGAGCUGUUAUUAUGAGUUGUGUUGGAGAUGUUAAUGCUUUUCUCUCCAGUCUUCUUUAUACUCAAGAUCCCAUACUUCCAAUCUCCAUUCGAAGGCAUUUGGCUAGAAAUUUUCUUCCUGCUCUUGCCAUGCUUAAUCGAAUAGAAGGUGUUUUUUAG